GUGCCUGGACGGGAGCCUGGCUGGGUCAGCCCCCGACGAGCAGCCGCGCGCAUGGCUGUGUGGGGCCUGGGAGGCCGCCUGGGCCUGCGCGGGGGCGUCGGCGCCCGUGGGCUACUGUGUCCCCGUUUCCAGAGGCGCCGCUCCCAGGGCGUGGAAGACGGGGACGGGCCACAGUCUUCCUCAAAGACACCCAGGAUCCCCAAGAUAUACACCAAAACAGGAGACAAAGGGUUUUCUAGCACUUUCACUGGAGAAAGGAGACCUAAAGAUGACCAAGUGUUUGAAGCCGUGGGAACUACAGAUGAAUUAAGUUCAGCUAUUGGAUUUGCUUUGGAAUUCAUCACAGAAAAAGGCCACCCCUUUGCUGAAGAGCUUCAGAAAAUCCAGUGCUCGCUGCAGGACGUCGGCUCUGCCCUGGCGACACCGCACUCUUCGGCCAGGGAGGCUCACUUAAAACAUGCUACAUUUGAGGCAGGGCCCAUCCUGGAGCUGGAGCAGUGGAUUGACAAAUAUUCCAACCAGCUCCCACCACUCACGGCUUUUAUUCUGCCGCCAAUACCCACUUUCUACAGUCAGGGGGCAAGAGCAGCUGUGCACUGCACUUCUGUCGGGCUGUGUGCCGCCGAGCAGAGAGACGUGUGGUGCCUCUUGUCCAGAUGGGUGAGACCGACGCUAAUGUGGCCAAGUUCUUAAACAGACUCAGCGACUAUCUCUUCACAUUAGCCAGAUACGUGGCCAUGAAAGAGGGGAAUCAGGAAAAAAUAUACAAGAAAAAUGACCCGUCGGCCUGAGCCUGCGGCACUUGGAAGUAGUGCAGAAGGGGAGAUGUGCAGCCCCCUCGGAGGUGAAGACUUUGUCCUUCUUGUCCUGAUCCCUGCAGAUCUCCGCCAGGGGCGCUGGACGAGACUCCUGCCCACUCCCCUAGGCUCUCCUGGGUGGGAAUGAAUGAGUUCAGUACUGCAGAAAAAGAAGGUAAAGUGACUGCUGCAAGGAAGAGCCACGUAGAAAAAAAUAAAAGUGGGAAGAGCUUGA